AUGACCGAAUAUACAAAAGAGGCCUUGAAAGGCAUUUUAACAAAAAAUGAUGAAAAUGAUUUUCACAAGGUUCAGGUGGCCGUGGACUCUGUAAAUCGGGAGUUGGAAAGUUGUAAAAACUACGCCAAGCAGUUCAAUGAGGCUUUGAACAUUGAUGACAAGAGUGUGAAUGAUCUCAUCGACGAUCUCCAUUCUCCACUGUCACUUCAAGUUAAGAGUGCGCUGCGGACCGUUAAGCAAGAGAGUGAGAGACUCAAGACGUUGUCGGAGAAGGAGAAGAGCGAUUUAAAGGAGAUGACAGAGAACAUUAGAUCGGCGUUAAGUGCUUUGAAAGUUAGUGUGAAUUGUAAAAUUGACGAGGACGUGAAGGAUUUUAUUAAAAAAUUGAAAAGUCAUGUUCAGCCAAUUAAGGAGAAGUUGGAGAAGAUUACCACCGAGUUGGCGCAAUAUAUCAUCGAGUUGCAAUCGUGGAUGGAGAGCGCUAAGAAAGACAUCGAUGAGAUAAGGAAGAAUCAGGUAAAGAAUAUUUUGGAGCAAGUUGGCGAUGGCAUCACGAGUAAGAAGCUUGAUAUUAAAGACGACGCAGAGAAGUUGAUAGCGCAUAAGAAGAUGCUGGAGAAAUAUACUUCGCAGUUUACGCAGUUGGCUGCAGAUGUAGAUGCGAAGAUGAAGGCGCUUGCAGGGGCGUUUAGUGAGAUCAAAGAUGAAACUAAUAAAAAUAUUAAAGGGAUUUUGGAGCAUAUUAGAGGGAAGGUUGCGCGAAUUAAGGGGAGUGCUUUAGGUACAUUCUACAUGGGUGUCGAGGGGAUUAAAGAGGCUGUUAAGAAGUACGCGGAGGGGUUCAAAAAUUUUGAUGGGAAGGUUGAGCAGUGGGUGAAAGAUAUAUUGGGGACUGAAAAGGGCUUAGUGAAGAAGCAAAUUGAUGACUAUGUUGGGAAGGAUGGGAAUAAAUCGCAGAUGACAGCGCCAUAUAAAGAUUCGACCACGAAAAAAAUUGAUACAUCCGCUAUCAAUAAAAUCGCAAGUGCGAUUCGGGCUAAGCUGGCAAGCGAUGUUUUUACAGACGGCUUCCCAUCUGUUAACGUUGUGGACACGAGUACCACCAAAAGCAUAGCAACGAAUGUGCAACAGGUGAAGGCUGCUUGCGAGAAAUUUGCCGAUUCACUCGAAGGCAAACUUAGAGGUGACGGGGGUACCACUGUCGAUUAUUCAUUUUUCUCUGGCAUGGCCGAUGCAAUUGCAAAACAAUUCGGCAUUUUGUCUUCAUCGCCUACCGACAAAUCUCAGCUCACACCUGCCGUCCAAUCUAUUCUCAAUCAACUCGCCGGCACGGCUAGAGGUGCAGCUAUAGAACUUCACUCGUUAGUCAACGAGCAGAGGCCGCUCGGCGCCCAAGGCAGCAUAGCUAAGGAACUGGAGGACACUCAUGAGAAGGCUGAGACACUUAACGGACAUCUCAACGCGGCGACAGGCGUACGUUCAGGGUCCGGCUCUCCGGUAAACCACGCCGAAAAGCUGGACGACGCGAUCGAGAAACUGAAAGACACCGCCACGGAACUAUCCGCCAACGCAAUCCCGCAGAAGCUGGACGCUAUUGCUGAGCAACUCAAAGAGCAUCUCACCCAACUGGCCCAUGCGAUAGAGGAAACCACCAACGUUGUAUCAGCGCAAUUGGUCACGUUGAGAGAUGACAAAAUCGGCAAGCCUGCUAUAGGCAGGCCAGCGAAAGAAAAUACCCUGCAAGCAAUUCAUGACAAACUCGACAAACUGCAACAAGGCGCAGUGUCGGACGCCGUAAAACGCACCACCCACCUCCUUGAUCAAUAUUUAGCCGCAGCUGAAAAACACUACAGCAAACAACUCACGGAACAUGUAAACUCCCAGGUCAAAACAGCCACCGAACAAUUAACCACCCAUGUGCGAAAGCAGUACAUUAACAUCAUCAAGUUGCAACUUGAACAGUUCUCGGAAAGGGUGGCCGAGCAGCUUAAAGGACUGCCUCAAGAAAUAAAGAAGGAUGCGGACAAGGGGUUCAAAGGCUUUAUGGCCAAAUUUGAGAAAUACUUCAUCACAAGGGACAAAUCGAUCAAAGGCAUUAAAGACAUAAAGAAUAUCUUCUCUCCUACAGAUAAGUCUCCACUCAGUCAUGCGGCUGGAAGAUUCUUCGGAUGCCUCAAUAGAUUUCUGCAUGAUCUAAAGAAGCAGACGGAUUUCGAGUCCGAGUACGAGAUUUUUAAGCCAGCACGUGACGCUCUCACGAAAUUGCUGGGAGGCCUUGCCGAUUCCCAACACUUCAACCACGAAUUUAGUAUUAACUUACAAUCCCUUAAUAAUGAGAUUAGUGUACUUCACCCGUCUGAAUUCGGUGACCCUUCGACUUCCAUGUUACAAUCACUUAAGGAAGGCGUCGGUGCAUUAGCCCAUGAGCUUCGCAACGCAUAUGUUAGUGCGUAUACCGGCGCCCAAGCAAACUGGGAUGACAACACUAAUCCCAAACAAGAGAAGUGCGCAAAAAUAAUGCUCACCAUCACGCCCACCUUGUAUCACGUAUUACGCGAGCUCAGAAAUGGGCUUGAAAAUGAUUGGACAUCCCAUAGAAUAUAUGACUCCACAGCAUCGCACCACAGUCUACAUACACUGUUCUUUUCCGCAAAUGGGUAUGACAUCGGUCGCCCAGCUGCAAGCCUAUAUGGCGAAUUGAACCACAAAAAGGGAUACAACGGUGAAUGUAUUCUCAACAACCUAAAUGACGUACGAUAUGAAUUGUUUGAGAGCAGUAUACAUUCACUUACCGCUAGUGACCCCCGUUCUAUGUCCGCUGACGAGCCGGCGAUAGAUGUUGUCGUGGACGGCCUAAUUCCCAAGCUGUAUGACUGGCUCAAAAAAUACUUCGAGGUCUGCCACUUUACCCAUAUUGAUUCGUCAAGACUUCCAUGCUCCGUGUAUGAAAUGCUUUCUUGGCUCUGCGGACUGCAGUUCAAUUCUGUGUUUGACAAACUCAAGCACCACAUUAAAUCCGAAUUCAUGGUGGAGGACAAGACGCACCCAGAUGGCAAAUCAGUUAAGCCCAUUGACGCGUCUCCGUCAAAUGUUACUGCAGCCGACGUAGUAGAAGCCCUGACAGACGUUUGUGGCGAUGCAUAUCCCGUCCUCACAACCAUCCUCGGCAACGGACACGCUGACGGCCGUUAUGCCUGCGAAUUCUCUAAUAAUUCACUGAAAUUAUACUAUCCCACUAACAUGAUAACGUUACUAUGCUUGCUGUUCAAUGUCAUAAAGCGACUCCAACACCAACUUCAUUUCUUGCUCGAACAGUGUAGACAUACAACUGCACUGAGUGGCUGGUCUGACUGCUACUACGGUCAGAGUGUUGCUGGCUCCGGUUGGAUGUGCAACAAUAUGCGGUGUCCAAACAAACGGUGCGACCAAGCAUUCAACCAAGGAGUCAACCAAAGCGCUACCCAAAAGGCCAACCAAAUGGUCAACCAAACGUGUGACCAAACAUGUAACCGGCACCCUACGUGCGGCCUUAAAUCUCCACUGCAGUCCUACUUAGAGGACGGAUUACAAGGCUUUUUGCCUCAUGCCCUUUCCAGUAAAGGGACAAGCUAUUCGUGCUCCACCUGUAGUAAGACGUUAUCUGGUACGCCUUGCAAAACACCGAUGGGCUUUAAUGAUAUUAGUACUAUGGCAUCGCAUACGCAAAUUGGUCGGCAUUUAUUCACGACGCUUCAUGACUUCUGUGGUAACAAGACAUCUGUCCUGACCAGACUCUGCAACCAGCUCAACUGUUUGCUUCACAGUGCGCCACAGACAUUGGACCAGCUGUUAGCCUUUUACUUCAGCUUUUUUGCAGAUUGGAACAACAGUGGCGAGCACAGGGUGAAUGCAUUUAACGAGGCGGUCAACAACGCCCACUUCAAGAGCCCGUAUUAUGAAAUGAACGAAUGUUCAGAGUUAUUCAAAAAUAGGAAGCAUGUGGGCGCCGCUGAGCCGGGCCAUGGUUCAAGGUACAGAUUGUAUCAUAACACCGGCGACCUGUACAGCUUAAUAAAUCCAGACAACUCAUGCUACGUUGAGAGCGGCAAAUGCGGGGCUUAUAUAGAUUCUCUAAGUCAACCAAUCUAUGGUACUUUUGCUUCAAGAAAUGCAUCGCAAUAUCUCUCCACGAUCGUAUACCUAACCGAAACAUUAUACGGCUUGCUAUGCCAGUUGUGCAAAAACUGUGACGGUAAUUGCGGCACCAAGAAUCAGAAAUGCCGAAUCAAAGGAUGCACUAAAGGCAUUUGCAGCCUUGCCACUCAGUCGCAUAUUGAGGGAUCAUAUAAACAUGACGGCCCAUGUAAUUCGAUCAUCAAUUGCCGUUCAACCUAUGCUACGUUGUUCACCUACGGCCUCACGUUUGGCAAUCGGAAACAUUUGAAUGGACGCGUCGGACAUCAUGAUGUCCCUAAAAGAACGUGUAAGACACUAAUGCAACAGUUGGAGAUUAUAUGUUCAGAUAAAUCAGUGCUUGCAAAGUUGAUACACAAGACAAUUCCUGAAUUCCUCCUCGCCAUCAGAUGGCCAUUUAUGCUAACGUUGUUAGCCCUCUGGUCGCUGUCGCUCCUGUACCUGCUGCACAUCGCCGUCGUCCGCCUCGACGUCCUGAGGAUACGCUCCCACCUGAGAUCGCCCGCAAGCCACCGCAUCGCCGCGCAGUCCCUCCUCGCCGCCGCACGCGUCAAGGCACUCGCCAACGUCAAGGGAAAAGCCUUGGAUGAUAUUGAGUCCCGCCGUAUCCAACUUGGUCAGCUUGCUGGACAGCUUUCGGGAUUUAUUGGCAAAAGUGAGGAAGUUCAAAAUGCACUUGUAAAGGGUUUGCAAAGUAAUGUAAAUCAGCUUGAUAAGCUUUUGAAAGCAUCUUGCGGAGGUGAGGGGUGUAAUGAUCAUCGUAGUCAAAUUAACACUCUUAAUGAGAAGCUUGAUACACUUAAAAAUCACUUUAAAGAGGAACCAAAUCCCUCUGAAAAUCUUGUUGAAAUCCUUACUAUGUGCAAGUUAAAUGAUCCUGUUGGUCCCUUAAAUGAGCUUAAUGAGGAAAUUAACAAAAAAAUUGAGAAGCUUGAAAAAGGCAUUGAAGAUCUUAAAAAUGAGCAAAAUAAUGAUGAUAAUAAUAGUAAAAAUGCCUCUGAAAUUGCAAAACUUAAUAAGGAUCUUCAGUCUCAUAGUGCUUCCAAGAGGUCUCUUGAGACACUGAAAGAGCUUUGUGAUUUUGCUGAGAAAUUUGAUAAAAAAUCUGAUAAUCCUAAAAAGCUUUUAGAAAACCUUUGCACAGGCCUCGAAAAAUUUCUCGGCCACAAGAAUGGUAAUUACACCGGCUCCGGCAUCGUGUACUCGGACCUCGACAGGCUCUGCGACGGGGUGAUGGCGUUCCUUCAUGGAGUUCUUGAGACUGUGAAAGAUGACGAUAACGUUACAAAAUACAAUGAUUAUAUGAAUAAUAAACUUGAAAAUGUUCUUCGUGAAUUAACUACUUCAAUUGGCACCGGGCGUAACGGUCUUUCGGCGUCUGUCGAGAGCGUGAAGGGGUGGUUGGAGGGGUAUAAUGAUCGACUUAAAUGGAUGAUAUACAAUGUUACAAAUGAUCUUUCUACACUUCAAGAAGACUUAUUAGGUAAGUAUUUUAAUAAGGUUAAUGCUUCGCAGGGACUGGAAGAACAGCUCAAGGAGUGGAAGGGAGUGCUCAGCGACAUAGAUAUUCACCUAAACCUAACUGAAACUAAUUGUGUUAAUAUGUUAGAUCGUAAAUUGCGUGAUUGUGUGUUACAUGAAGUGAGGCCAAUUCAGAAAUCUGUGCAGGUGUUGAAGGAGUCGGCAGGGAAUGAUGAUUUGAAUAUUCAGGUGAAACAUGUGGAUGCGGAGCUAGCGAAGCACAAGAAGAAUGUGCUGACGAGGAUUAAGGUCGAAUGCAAGGAUCUGCAGGAAAAGUUGAGAGACGAUUUUAAGAGCAUAUGGAAAGACAUUACUAAGCUGAUAACGACGAGAAAUGAUCAUUUCGCAAACAUGAUAUAUGCCGUGAAGACAGCUCAAGAUUUAGUGAACGGCAGCUUGGAGAAAUUUGAUGGGACUUAUAGAGAUGGGAUCAUACGAAAGUUCACUGAGCUAAAAGACGUUGUCGAUAAGUUUAUUAAUGAUAGUAACAGCACUACGCUUCAGACGGAGUUUUCUGUCGUUGUCAGCCGAGUCGACGGGCUGCUUGGUAAAAUUCAGAGCGAUUUAUGGGAGUUGAGGAAUAACAUCGUUGGCGAAAUUCAACAUUAUUUUGGAUGUUUAAAUGGUAAUGUUGAUGUGAAAAACACCUCUAGUAGUGGUGCUGUCAGAGGGAGUACCACUACCCAAGGUGAGAUAAAGAUUGGUGGGAAAAGUCUUGACAAAAUUGAAUGUCUCAAAAACACGAAAUUAAAAGAGUGGUUUACUUCAGCUGAGAAAAAACUCAGCGAUUCUCAAGCCAUACGAAACUUCAUGAAAAUUUUGGCUACGCUUAAGACAACAAUUGGUGGCGCAGGUAAACCACUCAUUGACGGCAUUGCCGAAGAUAUUCAGAACAACGUUAUUCGGAAUCUGAAAAAAUCUGAUAUACUCACUAGUGAGGUUCCCUCACUCAUGACUCAUUUUUAUACAUCAAAAAAGGCACUGGAUCUGGCCGUUACAAAGAUUAGUACAGAACUUUCGUCACUUAAAAACUUACCGCACACAAUCAUGGGACAGCAGGAACAAUCCUGUAAACUUAUGCAGCAGUUAUGUGAUGCAUUUGAGAGAAUACACAAGCAAAUCAAUGAAAUUAAUCUGGCCGUAGUUGGUGCCGAGAAUGUGUUUAAAGAAACAAUUGAGGCACUAGGCUAUGCUGCCACUAACGCUGAAAACGCCUUAAAGGCAGCCAUCACCAAGCUUCAAACCGAGAUCAACCGCACCGCAAAUGAAGCAUUCGAGGAGAUCACCAAAGAAGUGAAGAUAUUGUUUGCCAACCGAAAUAUUUCCGACCUUCACGCCCUAAAAUCCCUCGUCUCCGCCCAACUAAAAGAAAUAAAAUCCGUCAUCCGCAAAGACAGAAUCACCGGCCCAAAAGGUCUCUUGCGUCUCGUGAAAAUUUCACUGCGAUCCAUAACAUAUCAGCAUAAAACAAUGCGUCCCUUGGCCGUUGAAGUCAAAAAAUACUUCGAAGAUUUAUGCCACUAUUUACAAUCUCAAUCCGACAUCACGUCCAAAUCCUCCGACAUCAAGUCACUCCACGCCUCCCUAGAUGACGUCUUCGACAAACUGCUCCACCACCAGCACUUCCACCACUCCGUCUCCACGGCGCGCGAAGCCUUCGAGGCAGCGCUCCAAGCAUUCCCCGCCGACACGUUCCCCGACGCCCCCAAAAAAGUGCUGCAGCCCCUGAAGCAGGGCCUCGUGAAAUUCGCGCAGGAGCUACGCAAGCAGUACGUCAGCAGGUACUCGGGGGCUGCGGAGAGCUUUGAGUGGACGAAACAGAAUAAUCCUCCAACUCAAGAAACAGUGCCGUCCGAAAAGGCGAUGAAAUGCGCCCACAUACUCGUCACCAUUCUCAAGACUCUGAAUCACGAUUUGCGUGAGCUUCAUGAGAGAUGUCACAAGACAAACGGUCAGUGGAAGGAAAACAAAAUUUCCCUCAUCUCCAAGUCAGGAGUUUACAAUCCCCUCGGCGCAUUUUUCCAGAACUGCGGCUACAAGGUAUCCAGAACGGAAAGUUCCUAUGAAGGAGAGCUGAGAUGUCAUAAAGAGAUGAGGGGGGGAGACGUUUUCGGGAAACUUGUUGCGUCAAUAACCGACACCCAUAAUAAUUCACACCUUAAUGCGUGCGUAAAAGAAAAACAUCACGAAGGCCAAACGGCGAAAUCACUAUUUGAUCUCUUUGACCUACUUAAAUGUCUCACAUCUCACGUCGGUGAGUAUUACCAAUCUUGCCACCUCGGACUCCCGAAGUCCAAAAAGCAUCCGUGUUCCGUGCGUGAUAUCUGUGUAUGGCUUUCCGGCCUUCCUCACACUGCAGUUUAUAAAACAAUUGAUGGCCACUGCCAAAAAAUACUUAACCAGAAAGACGAAGCGACUGGUGAAAAGCCGUAUUACAAUGAUGAAGUGCUUCGUAGUUGCUUGCAACAUCUUCAUAAUACCAUUAAAAAAGCAUGUCACUUGGCACCUAAAUUAUUAGUCUCCAUCCAGGGCCACGGCAGUGGCGCAAGCCACGCUGCGUAUCCAUAUGCGUGCUGCUUUGAGAACAACCACGGAGGGUUCUACUACCCCGGUGAUCCGUCGUCGUUGCUUGGCAUGUUGAAAGAUAUGUGUAGUCGUUUGUUGCGUGCACUGUGCUUCUUAUACCAACAAUGUAGGUACACAGCAUCCGACGGCAACGGGUGGCGUGAGUGUCAAUAUGGUUAUCGCAUCGGCACCUACCACUGGGACUGCGACAAGUCAAGCGACAAGUCAAGCGACAACUCAAGCACACAACCAAAGAGUCAAGCUAAGUGCCAACCAAAUAGUGAACCAAAUAGCCAACCAAAUUGCUUACCAAAGUCCCCGCUGCAGGCCCAUCUUAUGGAUGGCCUUCCUGGUUUCAUGCCGCAUAAGUUCACAGCUGUCGGUUGCCAGCCCACUUGCUCAACGUGCCCUAAGGGCCCACUGGUUGGGCAGUGUAUCACCCCGAUGGGCUUUGCAGAUUUGGCCACUGCAGGCUCUAUUACAGGCUGUGGCGAUGACCUCGUUGAUGUGCUUGCUACGCUUUGUAAAAACGGCGGCUCAGUUCUGUGUGAAUUAGUGCACGCAUUACAAUGCAUAUCGCCCUCUCCACCGAAGGGAUUGGCAGAGAUGCUGUCGUACUACUGUAACAUAUUCCAGAAAUCAUACGGUUCAGUGUAUGGGCCUAACAACACGGUAGAGGGGGCGAUUGUGAAAGCAAUCAACGACAGCUUCCCGUUCAAAAAUGAUACGUGGCUUCACCAAAGUUACCAAAAUUCGAAGCUUACAGAUGCGUUUAAUACAUUGUAUUGCUCUGACAACGAACACAACGGCGCAAUAGCGGACGAUAAUCAUCAUGGUCUUCACACUUUGUCACCGAACCCAUCGCAUGAUAAGACAAAACAAUGUGCUCCCGAUUCCACCUGCGCUCCCUACCUCAAAGCACUCUGCCACGACGCCUGUCACACAUACCCUGCGAAACACGCAAACUUGUAUCUGUCAUGGCUUUGCCAGUUGGCAUGGACAUUCUGGGAUUUGCUUGAUCAGUUGCUCAAGGCGUUUAGUGACAUAUCCUGUCAAUCAUAUGGAUGUCUAUGCAAAUGCGGUUUUGGUGAACACGGCGUCACUGAGGAGGAUACAUCGCAAGCGCCAAAAGCUUCGAAGCCCAGUUGCCAUUGCAAUUCAAUAGUCCAAUGUAAGGGACCCAUGUCCGUAUUCUACCAGUACGGAUUCACAUUCGGAUUGCCAAAAGAGUUAAUGGGAUCUGAAAGCAUGAAGACAUGUGACAAUUUCGUAAAGCAGUUGACCAGGGUUCUAACGAAAGGAUAUUUCAAAGAAUUAUUCGAUGAAAUCGAUAACUUUAUCUGGGCAAUACGCACACCCUUCUCCUACCUCUUAUUAGCCCUCUGGUCGCUGUCGCUCCUGUACCUGCUGCACAUCGCCGUCGUCCGCCUCGACGUCCUGAGGAUACGCUCCCACCUGAGAUCACCCUCAAGCCACCGCAUCGCCGCACAGUCCCUCCUCGCCGCCGCACGCGUCAAGGCACUCGCCAACGUCAAGUACUUCUCACCAUAA